AUCGAUUCUGUACCGCAGUCGGGCUUGGAGCUUGAAGAUGGCGGACAAAACUAAGGUUACUGAGCAAUAUUACGCGCCGCCGCCCGACCUAGGAGGAUGGGAGUCCUUCAGGAUCUUCCUGUGGAACUCCGAGACGGGACAGUUCCUUGGCCGCACUGGAUCGAGCUGGGCUAAAAUCCUACUAUUCUACGUGAUCUUCUAUGCCUGCCUGGUGGGCUUCUUCGCUGGGCUGCUAGCCGUGUUCUACCAGACUCUGGACAUGAAGGUGCCUAAGUGGCAGCUGGACAGCUCGCUCAUCGGCAGCAACCCUGGUCUCGGAUUCCGGCCGACGCCCGAUACGGCCAACGUGGAGAGCACGCUGAUCUACUACAGGGCCAACGACAAGGGCUCCGUGCUCAAGUGGGCCAAAGUAAUCGACGAGUUUUUGCAGACUUACCGCCGCAAAGGCAGCGGCAGCGGCGAGGUGCCCGGAGCAGAGAACCGCGUGGCCUGCAGUUUCAACUCGGGCCCGCUGGGCGACAAGCAGGUCUGCGACGUGCCCGUCGACGACUUCCACCCCUGCACCCCUGCCAACCAGUACAACUAUGAGCUCGCCGCGCCCUGCGUGUUCUUGAAGCUCAAUAAGAUUUUCAACUGGACGCCGAAGCUGUACAACACCAGCGACGACCUGCCCGGGAACAUGCCAGAGGACCUGAAACAGCACAUCAAAUCUACCGCCGGCAAGAAUGAAGCGAACAUGGUGUGGGUGUCCUGCGAGGGUGAGAACCCCGCUGACGUGGAAAACAUCGGGCCAAUCCAGUACCUCCCCCGGCGCGGGUUUCCUGCUUUCUACUACCCUUUCACCAAUAAGGACGGGUAUCUGAGUCCACUGGUCGCUGUGCUCUUUGAGAAGCCUAGGACGGGCGUCCUGAUCAACAUCGAGUGCAAGGCGUGGGCCAAGAACAUCUUCUACGACCGCUACGAGCGGCGCGGCUCAGUCCACUUCGAGCUGAUGGUGGACCGCGGUUAAGCACCCAGCGCGGCGCAGGGGGCAACCUCGCAGCCCUGCCACCAGGACUGCGAAUGAGUGUGUGAUUGGUGGAUUAACUACUUCUUUUCACUGUGGUUCUUAACUGGGAGCACUUUAAACGCUCCAUGAAUUAUUUCCUAAAACGGGACUUGAAAAUUACCUCUGGUGUCUCGAUUAACCACUCCUUUAUAAUCAGGGCCAUUACUGAUAAGCCCUGGAUCUUUAGUGGUCCACGAAUAAUUAUUUACCGAAACGGGACUUGAAAAUUACCUCUAAAGUCUCGAAGACGACAUUUUGUACUCUCGUAAGAAGGGCUAGAGUUGACAUUGACAUCUAAUUGCCACGAAUGUUUCGAACUAUCCGCAUUUGAUGUUGUUUAUCCACGUUUUGCACACUAGUCACAUCAGUAUCAGUGUGUGUAUACGUGUGGAUGAAUUUAUAAAAAUAAUCUUUGUUGAGUGAGUGAAUCUGUUGGUGGUCCCUGUUCAUUAUUGAAAGGUUAAGAACCGCUGUCUUAACUCAUUCACUGCUAAGCUCCAGUCGUUUUCUAGUAGCGAAAUAGCUUCGUAGAGAUGAAAUGAUGUAAGCACUGAAUGGGUUAAGUUUUUUGGGUGAGCUUGCUUAAAACUGCCAUAAGUGGUUAAUCUACGUUUAAUGUUAAUCAAUGUUUUGAUUGUUAAGAUUGGUAGAUUUUAAGAGCACUUUCGUGCCAAUGUAAUCUUUAAAAUGGUGGCAGGAUUGUGAAUGGGUUGCCAGUGACGUUAGUUAGUGUUCGCCAUUCAAGCCAGGGUGGUUGCUGUGGCCACCGGCAACCAACCAGGUGCGCGGGGUUCCAGCAACCAGUUUAAAUAAAGUAAGGCCAAUGUAAAGGAAUAAAGAAUGUUAACAGACUUUCAAAGCUUCACCCAACGCAUACUUAGUUCCUUCGGCUAUCUGAGCAGAACAGGACCAAGAAGCGCAUGAUCACUGGCCACAUGGUAAGGAAGCGUGGAUGGACACAUGGCCACGCGUUGGGCGGACAGAAUAAAGUCAGAGACUAAAGCAACAUUACAGGCUAGCAUACACCUGGCCCAAGAUAGCGGCUUGGUGGUGAAGUGUCUACAGUCGUCACGUUCCUCAGUCAUACGACAAAUAAGAAAACGGGAAAGCUUUUAAAAUAGUCGCUGGCUAUCGCAAUGUAACGGUCAAGUUGUUUAAAUUCUUUAUCUCUUUAUGUUGGCUGUACAUUAAGUUGGUUGACGGCCACAGAGGGGUAAAGGUAAGAUCCAAGCGCCGCUGCCCGCUAUUAGCAAUAGCCAUAGUUGGCGUUUAUUUAUAUUCGUUUUAGAAUAAGCCAGAGGGCGUUUCAGUUUGUUUGUCACGCUUCAAGUAAGAUAAAAGUUUUAUUGAUAUUUAUUAAUAUGUAAAUUCUGGACGGACAGUCAAUAAACACGCAAUAGUUGGUUCCAAUUAA